AAAAAAGCAAAAGAAAAAAGAAAGAAAGAAAAAGAAAAAGGAACCCGGUUCGGUCGCUGGCAUGCUGUGAGAAUUACCUCCAGCUUUGAGAAGCGCUCCUUCGGUCAUGCAGUGCACCUGCAAGAAGACAUCCACUUGACGGACCGGACUGCUGAAGAAAAAAAAAAGGGAGAGAGAGAGAGAAGAGAGGGAACUUUAAGGGGAAGAAGUUGCCAUCGGAUCGGGGCUGGAGGGGGGUCCAAAUUAUAAGUCCCUCCAUCGAUUAGAAUCACAUUUUUUUCUCCACAAUUUCCCCCCUCGAUAGGAAGGCGAAACGGCGACUUCAGUUGAUUAUCUGUCUUUCCUUUGCUAUCCAAUGGAUAUUCACUGCAAAGCAGACCCCUUCACGGCGAUGCACCUUGUGUCCCACGUAGGGCACGGAGGUGUGAACCAGCUCGGCGGGGUGUUCGUGAACGGCAGACCCCUCCCGGACGUGGUGAGGCAGCGGAUAGUGGAGCUGGCCCACCAGGGCGUCCGGCCCUGCGACAUCUCCAGGCAGCUGCGGGUGAGCCACGGCUGCGUCAGCAAGAUCCUCGGCAGAUACUAUGAGACUGGCAGCAUCAAGCCUGGAGUCAUUGGUGGGUCCAAACCCAAAGUGGCCACUCCGAAAGUAGUGGAAAAAAUAGCAGACUACAAGAGACAAAACCCCACCAUGUUUGCCUGGGAGAUCAGAGACAGACUGCUGGCAGAGGGCAUCUGCGACAACGACACUGUUCCCAGCGUCUCAUCCAUUAAUAGGAUCAUCAGAACAAAGGUCCAGCAGCCUUUCCAUCCAUCUCCUGAUGGAUCAUCGCUUUCAACACCCGGUCAUACAAUAGUACCAAACACAGCUUCCCCACCUGUAACCAGCGCCUCCAACGACCCUGCGGGAUCCUACUCCAUAAACGGGAUUUUGGGUAUUCCUCGAUCCAACGGAGAGAAGAGAAAAAGAGACGACGAUGGUUCAGAUGGUUCUGGCCCAAACAGUGAUUCUCAGGGUAGCGUGGAGAGUUUACGGAAGCACCUAAGGGCAGACGCCUUCACCCAGCAGCAGCUGGAAGCUUUGGACCGGGUCUUUGAGCGCCCCUCGUACCCCGACGUCUUCCCCACCUCGGAUCAUGUCAAACCGGAACAGGCUAAUGAGUACUCGCUCCCUGUCCUGAAUUCCAGCCUGGACGAAGUCAAGCCCAGUUUAUCCUCUAGCGCCAACCCAGACCUGGGCCCCAGUGUGUCGCAAAGCUACCCUGUAGGCCGGGACAUGGCAAACACGACCUUACCCGGGUAUCCCCCUCACGUUCCCCCAACAGGCCAAGGCAGCUACCCGACCUCGACACUCGCUGGAAUGGUUCCUGGGAGUGAGUUUUCGGGGAACCCCUACAGUCAUCCGCAGUAUACGACCUACAACGAAGCCUGGCGAUUCAGCAAUCCAGCAUUACUAAGUUCCCCUUAUUAUUAUAGUGCCGCAUCGAGAGGCUCCGCCCCUCCCACUGCUGCCACUGCCUAUGACCGUCACUAGUUACCAUGGAAACCAAAUCAACCUGCAGGACCACGGCCUCAGCCUCCAUAUUGCCCAGGUGUGAAGAACACGGUCCGCUGGACACUGAGCAAAAAGCGCAUAAAAUGUCCCAGACUAAAAAAAAAUAAAAAGAAUAACAAAAACAGAAGAGAAAAUUCACGGAUUCAAGACAACCGCCAUCUUCUCUCAUUACUGCUUUUCUUUGGAUUUUUUUUUUGUUUGCUUCUUUUUUUUGGACACCCAAAGCCAAAAAAAAACCAAGAAAAACACAAUUAUGGAACAAGUGAAAGUUUGAACCCUUGGCUAAUUGCAAUGGUUUAAAACAAAACAGGACUCCAGACAAAAACAUCCUGAAUUUAUUUUCCCCACCUGUGGUCCCACUCUUUUAUCCAUAACAGAUCAAUACUGUACAUUCCUUUCCUCAAUGGGUCCCAGCAGGGAUACUGUCCACAGCUUGAAAUGUAUCAGCAGUCUUUUUUUUUUCUCUCCCUUUUUACCCCCCUCCUUUUGCCAUUUGUCUCCCACUCAAAUCAAAUCGCAAUGCACAGAGAUCAAGGGAGAUGAGCAGCAACCCGCGCAGGCUGUGGCAGUUGUUUUUCCAGUCCAUCUGAGCAGGCACUGACCAAACAUCCAGCAUGAGUGGAAGAAAAAAUAAAAAUAAAAAAUCAAUCGCUUUUGAUGCCGUGAGAAGAUUAGGACAUGUUUUCUGUGAGACACAAUCAAGAUGUAAAAAUGAAAAAUGAAAUAAACACCUGUUUGGAAAAAUAGCGGGAGCCAUGUUAUUAUAGCACCGUGGCUCACUAUUUGCAAGGUUUCCAGUUAAAAUAUUUUUUUUAUUUCACUUUUUUUUAUAAUUUGUACAGACUGAUUUGCAGACUGCUUGGCUAAUGUUUGACUUGUUCUCUAUUUGUCAGGAAGGUAAUCAGGCAAAACCUUUUGAGUGUUUUAUUUUUGUGUUAAGUUUGCACUAUUUUCGAGGUUUGCAACACUGGACUGUGGUUAUGCAGAAAAACUAAAUGUGCAUAUUUGUUUUAUGUAAAAAAAAAAAAAA